AUGUAUUUAUUUCCUUCUUUUUCAGGGUCCACAGGACAGACCUUUCAAGUUAUUUUCUCACACAAACUUUUUGUGUGUGAAUUUUGUUCUAAAUUCUUUUUUCUCUGCUAUCAAGAUUCAAACCCUUUUUUGCCAUGUCUGGUUUAUACACACAGAAUUUGAAUUACUCACCUGCAAGAGCUGCUUCUCCACAUGUGAGGACCAACCCAGAUGUUGAUAGUCAGUACUUGACAGAGCUGUUAGCAGAGCACCAGAAACUUGGACCCUUCACGCAAAUCCUACCCAUAUGCAGCCGACUGUUGAAUCAAGAGAUAUUAAGGGUUUCUGGCAUGAUGUCCAACCAAGGGUUUAGUGAGUUUGACAGACUGCAGCGUGGAAGCCCUAGUCCCAUGGCUUCUUCAGACAUAAUGCCAAAUCUUGGUGGAACAAGUUUAGGUGGAUGGAGUGGAAAUGGCUGGAGUGGCCUUCCACAUGAGAGAUUAGGUGGACCACAAGGGAAGACAAUGGACUGGCAGGCAGCACCAGGAAGCCCAAGUUCCUAUAUCGUGAAGAGAGUUAUGCGCUUGGAGAUACCGGUGGAUAGCUAUCCUAAUUUCAAUUUUGUUGGGCGACUUCUAGGUCCACGCGGCAAUUCCCUAAAGCGGGUGGAAGCUUCAACAGGAUGCCGUGUAUUCAUUAGAGGAAAAGGUUCAAUAAAAGACCCUGACAAGGAAGAGAGUCUAAGAGGAAGACCAGGAUAUGAGCACCUGAAUGACCCUCUGCACAUUUUGAUUGAGGCAGAAUUACCUGUUAAUAUUGUUGAUGUACGGUUGAGACAGGCACGGGAAAUUAUAGAAGAACUGCUCAAACCUGUGGAUGAGUCACAGGAUUUCUAUAAAAGGCAACAGCUAAGAGAACUUGCCAUGCUAAAUUCCAACUUCAGAGAAGAAAGUCCUCGACCGAGUGGUAGUGGAAGUGUGUCUCCUUUCGGCUCCAGUGGGUUGAAGCGUGCAAAAACUGGUUGGUAGGGAUCUGUUCUAAUUAUUCUUCCUGAUGACCUAUCGUGGCACCUGGUUUUCAUCUUGUCACCAUAUUAUGCACCUCGGUGUGUGUGGAUUCUGUGAAGCUUGAAAGAGAGGGCUGAUCGAACAUGGCUGGCUGAAUUUUGAUGCAGGACGAAUUCGAUAACACGAAUCGAGGGAAUAGGAAAGAGUAACAACAUUCCUUGUAGCUUUUGUGACUGUAGUUGCUUGCUGUUGUAAAAGUAGAAUAAUUAUUGGAUUUAUUUGUUAUUAAUCUAUUCUAUUUGACUGGUGUCGGAAAAACUAUUGACAGCCCUGUGACUCUUUCAGAUUGAGGGAUAUAUAUAUAUUGUGCAAUUGCAUAGAUGUUGUAUUAACUUA